AUGAAUGUUGGUAAUUAUAUUGCAAUGGCAUGGGCCAAAAACGAUAAUGAUAAAGAAACAAGUGCAAAUUUUAGUUUUGUUGUGCUUCCAAAUCAACCAAUAUUUCAUGUGAAUGAAGUUGAUCGAAAUUAUACGAAAUAUGUUGAUUCAUCAAUUGAUCUUGUUGUUCAUGUUUGUUAUUAUGAGCAAAUCAAUAUCAACGUUUAUCUUUUCUAUGAUGAUAUCAUCAACAUGAAUGAACAGCAAUACAUUAUCAUUCAAAAAACAUAUUCAAAAGAUUCAUUAUAUGAAGAUGAUAUUAAUAUCUCAGUUCCAAUAACUAAAAAUUUUGAUAUUGGUACAAAUCAAAUUAUAUUUCGAGUAUCAGCAGCGAAUGAUGAAAAUAAGUUUUCUGAAGAUGAUAUUUCUGUUCAAAUUUAUGGAUCACAACCAGAUAUGAAUUUCACAAUUCAAAAGCAUCAUCUUUAUCAAUACUACAAUGACAAACUUAUUGUUUCAUACAACAUUUCAGGUCAAAUUGAUGAAUCAAAUGUUUCUAUUUAUUAUUAUAUUGAUAAUACAAAUGUUUCAAAACCAGAUAAUUUCAAAACAUUGAAUCAUAAAAGCGAAAUCUAUUCAUUCAUCGAAGAAAUUCCUAUUCCAGAAACAAUUCAAUUUGGCACUCACAAACUUAUUUUUUCUACAUGUUAUGAAGAAUUUCUGUGUACAACGAAAGAAAUUGAGUUUAUUUAUAGUGAGUAUGAAUACUUUCCUCCUAAUUUAGAUAUCUUAGAAUACAACUCAAGAAUUACUAGAUACAAAGAUUCUCAUUUGAUUUGUCGAUGCAAAGUUUAUGAAAAGAAUGAAGAUAGUUAUGUUAAUGUAACAGCAACUUAUCAAGGAGAUAUUCUUAAUUGGACUAUUCUUAAUAUAGAUUCAGAAUCAUUAGAGUUGUUAGACUUUGAAAUUCCUUUAUCCACAAAAUUUAAUGUUGGAUCGAAUGAAAUCAAAAUUUGCGCGACAAACAAAUACAACAUGAGCAAUUGUUCUUCAAUAAUUGUUGAGGCAGAAAAUCCUCCUCCAGAAAUUAAAGUUAAUCCAAUGAGAAAUUACUAUUAUCUCCAAAAUGAAAUGAAUGUAUUUGGUUAUGUUCUUGAUUAUUUGGCUGAAGAAAACGAUGAAAAUGAUGUAACAAUUCAUGCUUCAAUUAAUAACACAGAAAUUGGAAGUACAACAGCAAAAAUCACACAAACAUUGAUGUCAUAUAGCUAUCAAAUAGAUCUUAAUAUUAAUGGCUAUGAACAAGGUUUUUAUCAGAUGAAAAUUAUUGGAAUCAACAAUCUUGGAAAAGAAUCUAAUCACAUCUUCCAUAAUUUUGAGUUCCUUGCUUUCUCAGUUAAGAACGUGAAGCAAAAAUCGUCUUCAAAGAUCAAAAUGUUUUUGUUUGGCCCUCUUAUUUCUAAAUAA